GCAAAGCAGUUUUGAUUCUAUUGUCAAUUUAACUACUCUUUAAACGUUGCGUUAUAAAUUUAUAGGUUUUACUGUAUACAAAAUGCAGCCGACUAAUCGGCAGAUAACACUUCGCUUCCAGCGGGAGGAGCAGCUGCGGCAGCUGGAGCAGUUGCAGCGGCAACAGCAGCAGCAUGAGCAACAACAACGACAACAGAUGCUACAUCGUCAGCUCCAGCAGAUGCAGCAGCAGCAGCAGCAACAGCAACAGCAACAGCAGCAACAACAACAACCGCCGCCACAGAUAAUAUUUGCGCGUGGCAGUGCUCCGGAUAAUAUACGUACCGAUGGGAAUCAUGUGGUAGUCAUUAUACCAGAGGAGUUAUAUCAACGAUUUAUACGUUCGACGUAUCUAUGGGCACUCUUCUUCAUACUGAUCAGCUGCGUCACAUGGAUUACCAUAUCGAUCAUGGAUAUUAAUCUGAUGGAAGAGGUGCCAGUGCCCUUCUUUGUAUGGUUCAUAUUGGGCGGAGUGUCAAUGCUGAUAUUGCAAUGCUGUCCGAAGACGCAGCGCAUCUUUCCGCUCAACUGGAUACUGGUCGUACUGAUUGUGCUGACGACAACAUUGGGCGCCGCAUAUGCAAUGCAUUUGUACGAGUGGUCAGUCCUGUUGUGCGGCAUGGCCAUAUCGUUCGCUGUGGUGCUCAUAUUUCAUGUUAUGGGCGCACUGUGCCCGAUGCCAUGGCUACCGGGCGGCCUGCUAACUGGGUGCCUUAUGCUCUUCAUAAUGAUCGCAAUGCUGGUCUUCUUCUUUCUGAUGCUAUUCAUGCUCGAUCCGGUCUAUUGCCUAGUUUUCUUUGUAUUGCUAUUUGCGUCAACACUCAUAGCAAUGCCAUUCCAUGCACAAUAUAUACACGGACGCCUCCAGGCCUUACCCUUGUUCACAUUGGCUACGUGUGCCCUCACCGUUUAUAUUGACUACAUCACCUGUGCCCUCUGCAUUUGUGUUUUCUAUAUGUACUACAUCUACUCGACAACAGGCGAAUGGAUGUUAAGGCAGCAUAUAUAA